UGAAGCUGGCUGAAGCCCCUUCAACUUCUGGCUGACCCAAUCUUCACUGCAACCAUGUACUGAACCGUCUUCAGGGCAUCUCAAGCCUCAUAGAUAGAGUAUAGCUGCAUAUCUCUACUAGCAUUGUACUAGCAUUAUUGUUUCCUUGACGGUCGACAUCGGGCGAAAACUAACAUUCGGCCCUUGAAGCCCCGGCGCCAGAGGGAGCUUACCCGGCCGGUACUUUAUAGCAUUAUUUGUAUAUCACACAUACAACAAUGCUGAGCCGGUCGGUCCCGUCGCGCCCGGGAUGCCUCCCGAUGUCUCGUGGCUGUCGGAUGCCCUCGCUGCUGCUUGCCCAACUGCGACAUCAAGACGGAUCACAUCUGCGCCUCACGCUACAGCAGAGGCCUCAGGGCUGGAAGCUUCGCCGCCACACCAGGCGCAGGCAUCGCUCUCCAUUCGUGUGAGCAGUCUGAGACCUGGGAACGGGAUGCGGCUGCGAGGUGCCACCAUGGACUGGAAACAGGCGUACCCGACACAGCUGCCCGCAGCCGUUCAGGCGUACAACGAUGGGACUCUGUACCCCAUUGCCAACCUGUGGCUUCACGACGGAUUCAAGAACUGGACGCCUUUGCAGCCGACGCUGACGCGUGACACCAAAGUUUCCUUCGUGUUGAGGUGCCUCCGCUUUGAAGUGGAUGCGCUGGGCCUGAAAGAGGGAGACAGCUUGGGACUCCUGGCGCUGCAGCCCGGCGGCCCCCUCAUGGUCAUCGCCGCCUGCACGCCCUCUGGAGAGCUCAAAGCAGGAGGAGCGCUAGGGGGCGCCGGAGGUGCCGCUGCAGGUGUGCGUGCCGCGGCGGCCGCCGCGGCGGCUGCGCGCGCCUCAACACCGCCGCCGCCGGCCUUCACAGCCGCAUACUCCAUCAGCCAGCAGCAGCAGGCAGGCGGCAGCAGUGAGGUAUUGCUGGAGGUGACCCUGCCCUCGCUGACCGACAUGGGGGCCGGCGGCAGCGGAGCAGCGGGUGUGCAGGAGCCGGCAGACCAGCAGCGGAUGACGCUGCUACUCGUGCAUGUGCAGCCAAUGUCCAGAUCACGCCAGCCCGUGAACAUGCAGUCAACCCCCUGCCCCGUGACGUGGCAACGGCAGGCUGGCGGUGAUGGCGCCGGUGGCGCCGACGGGGCCUUGCUGCGGGGCCUGCCGGCUGCCCUGCUGCCGGAGCUGCCUCCACAAGGCCGGCUGCUGGUGCUGCCGGCACAGAGCCUGGCGGUGCUGGUGGCGGCACCGACCCAGGCCACAACGGCAUUGGCGGCUGUUGGAGCCCCUGCAGUGGCUGCCAAGCCCCAGCCGCCGGAGGUGCCGACUGCCGCAGCCACCAGCAGCAGUGCCGCCAGCAGCAGCACCGCCAGCAGCAGUGCCUCGGCCAGCGGCCACAGCACUACCAGGGCCCGCCCCGCCGCCACCCUGCCGCCGCUGGCCUCGCCUCCCCUGCUGGCGCUGUUCACCGUGGGCGGCCCAGUGGAGGGCACGGACGUGAAUGGGCUGCUGCAGCUGGUCGCUGAGGAGCCGUUGCAGUGAGAGACCCUGGUGCAGGCCUGGGGACUGGCGCACGACUGCAUG